AUGACAGGCAUUCCAUUUGAAUCGAAAGAAAUUGCAUUACGAAAACUUGAACAGAUGACCGUUGAAUAUGCUCAAAUAAAUCCAUUUAAAAAAGUACCAGUUAUAGAAGAUUCUGGAUUUAUUCUUACUGAAAGUGUGGCAAUUUUCAAUUAUCUUUGUGAUAAAUACAAAAUGUAUAAUUGGUAUCCAACAGAUUUAAAACAACGAGCACAUGUUAAUGAAUAUGCUCAUUGGCAACAUUUAAAUUUACGUGCUACGGGAUCAAUGCUUUUUCGUACUAAAAUCAUUACACCUCGUAUAACAAAUAAACCACCCAAUGAACGUGAAUUAGAAAAAUGGUAUCAACAAUGGCAAGAAUCAAUAAAUUAUCUUGAAUCUGUAUGGUUAACUCGAUCAUCUUAUUUAGGUGGUGAUCAUUUAACAAUUGCAGAUUUACUUGGUAUUUGUGAAUUGAUGCAACCGAUUGCUGCAGGCUAUGAUUUAGAUAAACAAAAAUUUCCUCGUGUUUACGAUUGGAUGGAAAGAGUAAAAAAAGAAACGCAACCUUUUUUUGAUCAAGCACAUACUUUUCCUAUGCUAUUAAAAACUAAUAACACAUUGCUUAAAGAUAAAGAGACAAUAUUUGAGUAUUUUAUUUUGUGUAUGUUAUUAACAUCAGGUUGGUCAUUACCAUCAUCUUCUAUUGAAGAUUCAUCUUUAUUAGAUGAUAUAAUGUUAUCGACUGCAACAACAUCAAGUCAACAUCAACCAAAUUUUUGGUUUCCUGGUAGUCCAUUACCUUCAUUUUUUUCUUCAUCAUCUUCAUCAACAAUUGGAGGAACAGAGAAAAUCUCUUAUACUCAACAACCAACAACAAAUAAAAUUCUUUUUGAUUCAAGUGCAUGUAGUUCAAGUUCAGGAAGUUCACCACCUUUAUCUAAUGAUUUUCUUCUUACACGUUCAAAUCUAACACAACAACAACAACAACAACUACCACCACCAUCAACAGGAUCAACAUUAAAUUUAACACAAUUUAAUUAUAUUCAACAAAAUCAUCAUCAUCAUCCUCCAUCUGUUGUAACAUCAACAUCAAAUAAUUUUCUUCCUCGUGAUGAUUGGUCACAAAUACCAAUGGCACAAACAACAACUUCGAACACCUCCGCAUGGCAUCCACAACAUUCAACAAAAGGUGUUCCUCUUGAUAAUUCUCAAGUAACAAAUUAUUCCAGUAUGAUGACUGGUAAUGAAUCAAUAAAAGAUAUGAAACGUAAAAGUAGUCGACCAACAUUUACUGGACAUCAAAUAUUUGCAUUAGAAAAAAUGUUUGAAAAUACGAAAUAUUUAGCUGGAACAGAAAGAUCACGACUUGCUUGUCAAUUAGCUAUGAGUGAAGCACAAGUAAAAGUUUGGUUUCAAAAUAGACGUACAAAAUGGCGAAAGAAACAUGCUGCUGAAAUUCAUGGUCCAUCCGGUAAACGAAAUAAACAACAACGAAAUGAUGGAUUAAUUCCUCCGAUUGAAUCAGAUUCAAAUUCAACUUAA